CGUCGAACUUUGAUGACGCAGUUACCCUCCUCCCUCAUUUCCUGUCGUUUGGUAGUUUUGGAUGAGACAUUCAGACAGCCUUCGCUACUGGGAUUAUCCAUGCCGUGGAAUAAUAUCGAUAAAGGGUAACGGUGUGAUGCCGCCAUCCAUCAGUGCAGGGGGGCAGGAUGUGAUGUAACCCCCCACCUCUGCCCAACAUGUUUGAAGUAAAACCACGAGCGGUGGCGAAGAAGGAGUCCAGCACCGAGACAGAUGAGGGCCUGGGCAGCAGUAGUCGGCAUUAUUCUGGCUCGGUGGGUUCUGGAUCAGUGGGGUCCGGGUCCUUCUACUUGUCAGACAGCCAGGAUUGGGUGGUUUCCCCAAGUUGCUCACCAGAUGAAGGCUCCACCCAGCACAACGCCAUUUCCCCCAUCCUGGCAGAGGAGACUUUCCGCUACAUGACAUAUCUUGCUUUGGAACACCCCUCUCAUUCCCACCCUGCCUCACAAAGCCUCUCCAAAGUCCUGGCCUCUGAUCGCGUGGAGCAGAUGACCAAGACCUACAAUGACAUCGAAGUGGUCACUCACCUGCUCGCUGAGCGGGACAGAGACCUGGAACUGGCAGCUCGGAUCGGACAGUCGCUUCUUCAGAGGAACCACCUGCUGCAGGAGCGCAAUGAGGCUGUGGAGGAACAACUAGCACAAGCUCUGGACCAGGUACACCAGCUGCAGCAUGAGCUCAGUAAGAAGGAUGAGUUGCUGCGAAUGGUGGCCAAUGCCUCAGAGGAGUGUGAGGCAGACUCUAGUGUGUCAACCCCAGUGAGGCAGCAUCCGUUAGCCGGAGGAACCACCGCCAUUGCCGCACUCGGCCAGCUGGAGUCAAUGCAGUGUAAGCUGCAGGAACUGGAAGAGGAGAACCUGGCUCUGAGGUCUGAGGCUUGCCAGCUGAAGCGAGACACCAUCACCUAUGAGGAGAAGGAGCAGCAGCUUGUGAGUGACUGCGUCAAGGAGCUACGCGAGUCCAACAGCCAGAUGGUGUCUAUGACUGACGAACUGUCCCAAAAGAACGAGGAGCUGGUCCGACACCAGGAGGAGAUUGCUCAGUUGCUCUCCCAGAUUGUGGAGCUGCAACACAGAGUCAAAGAGCUGGCUUUGGAGAAAGAGGAGCUGAGGAUCCACUUGCAGGCUUCCAAAGACGCACAGCGGCUGCUCACGGCGGAGUUGAACGAGCUGGCAGAGAGGAAUGCAGAGUGUGCAGAGAUGCUCCAUGAGUCCCAGGAGGAGAUGAGGGAGCUUCGCAACAAAAACACCCCCUCCUCUGGGAUGCGACGACACCUCUCCUAUGGGGCCUUCCCCAUGGAUUCACUGGCUGCAGAGAUUGAGGGAACUAUGAGGAGAGAGCUUAGUGUUGAAGAAGAAACUGCAUUUCAAGACCAAAGAAUCUCCCACAAACGAGUUUUUCAGACAGUCCGCUCUGUCAACGCUUCAACAUCCCGGCCAAGCUCGGCCACCCCCCCAAUUCCCGGUUCUCGUCAGAACUCUCUGGUGAUGACUGCACAGCCAUUCCAGUCUGCUCGAGGGGAUGAGAUUCCCAUUGGCCAGCCGGGCUCUCCGGGUGGAAAUGACCUCACCAAAGCCCUCCAUCGUUUGUCACUGCGACGGCAGAACUUUUUAUCGGAGCACCAGUUUUUCAAGGCGGAGCGUGAGAAGAAGCUGCAGGCCCUGACUGCAGCGGAGUCUCAUGAGGCGGGCAGCAGCUGCAGCUCGCCGAUGGGCAGCGCAUUCUCCUCCUUUUCCAACCUCUCAGAACUCUCCUUAGGUUCCAGCAUCUUCAAGACCUUCCUACCGGAGAAGCUUCAGAUUGUCAAGCCCAUGGAAGGCUCGCUGACGCUCCAUCACUGGCAGCAGCUGGCCAAACCUCACCUGGCCACCAUUUUAGACCCACACCCAGGCGUCGUCACCAAGGGGUUCCGCCCGCUUGCACAGGAUGCUGUCUACCACCUCACUGACAUGGAAGAAGAUGAGGAAUAUGAAGCAAUGGGAGAGAAAGAGGAGGCUGGUGUCUUAGAGAAAGGUGCAGCAGAGAGAGGCAAAGAUGAAGAAGAGGAGGAGGAAGGAGGCAUUGUCUUUAAAGUGCACUGUUCAUCUACGCCGGGGGAGAAGAAGGACCGAAAGCAGUCAACCGCGUGUCGUCCUGCCGCUCCUCUGUCACCCUGUGUGGCUGAGACCUCCAGCUCAUCAGCUCACCUUCAUCCAAAUGUCUCCACAUCAACAGUCCAAUGCAGCACGUCUGCUUCAGUCCAAAAUCCAGUCAAAUGUCAGAGCUCCACAUUCUCCACCUACACUUUCACCAUGUGCCGGAUCCUGCACCCGAGUGACAUCACACAAGUCACUGCAAGUUCACAGUCGUCUCUCAAUGCCAACACACCCAGCUCUAUGAGGACUGGACCCAGUACCCCCCUGACCCCCUGCCGACUCAGUCUUGGAGACUCCUUCCCAGCUCGCCGCCCCGCUGUGGCCACCGGGGGCUUGGCCAAGUUGGUCCUGGAACGAGGCAUCUCUGCACAGGUCUCCACAGAAACCCCUCCAUCAUGUCCAAAGCCACUGCCCCAGCGGCCUCUCCUCCGCUUACUUCCAGGUACGCCUCCCAACUCCCCCUUGCACUCGCCCGAGUGCCGCCAGCACUCUGCUGACAAUUUUCUGGCAUCAAGGCCAGCGGAGCUUUUUCUGCAAGAUGUUUACGGCUUGAAUCUAGGCCGUGCCUCACAUCCCGACCUACCCAGCCCGCUCCGGGAAACCCCUGCACGCGGGUCGCUCCCAGACCCGCUCAAUGUGAGCUUACUGGAGAGACUGCGGCACCUGGGGUUCACAAAGGUCCUCCAGGCCUCUGAGUCGCACCAGGACUCGGCCACCUUUGUGUCGGCAGGUGGCGGGAGCCUCCUAGAUGGUCUGAGGCGCAACCAGAGCCUCCCGGCAAUGAUCGGCGCACGAGCUGGCAAGUCAGCAGGUCGCCCGACACCUCCCGCUCACCCCACCUCCCUGGCUCUGCCCCCACCACCCUGGGGAAACCUCAAACAAAGAUGCACAAAGGGCACCUUGAAUGCACCACCACGUUCAGGUGAAUGUUGAUGGGGAGAGGACAUCCAACAGAACAAGAACCCAAGUCCACCGUUCCCUUAGGUCCACUUCUAGCUCAUGUGAGCUCUUUCUGGCGUCCCUUCCGUUUUAAUGAGAUGAUUUUAAAGCACAACAGAUUUUAAGACUUCUCAGGGCAUUGAAUCGAUCACAAGUGGACUGUUGAGGUUGUCUGAGAAGAUGUUUCUUCAUCUAUCCACGCAGGCUUCACCAGUUCAUGCUUAAAGACUAGAUAGGAGAACUCUGGUAUGAUAGGACAGACUGUAGUUUGAUAGGAAAGAUCAAAAACUCUGAUGCUGAACAUCCAAGAGAACCUGAACAGUCCAAUUGGAUUUGUGGUUCAAUGACCUGCAGGAAUGAGAGCAUGGACAUAUUUUUAUUGACCGUAUUAGUUGCGUCUUUACAUCUGCCAUGGAACCUGUUUAAGUCGACAUGUCGAUAGCGCUCUGAGUCGGUAGGACACCUGUUGAAGUCGGCAGCUGUCUGAGUCAUACUGGAGCUGUCCUAUCAAAGACUAGGUUACAGCUCUAGUUUGGGUCGGGCUAUGUUGACAUUGUCCUAAUGUCUGUGGCCAAAGUCAUUAUCAAAGUAAUAACCACUUUUGUUUCAGUUCUGUCGACAGCUGUUUAUCUCAACUUAACCGGUUCCACUGCACAAGAUUGUAGCUAAUACCUGAGUGCAGGGGUGUCAAAACUCCAAAAGGGAGGUGCGGGCUGCACUUUGGUCACCCCUGCCUUAGCGGGCUUGUUGUACGUACAUUUUUGAGAGGCUUUGGAUGUCUGUGAAGAUGGAAGAUACACUAUAUGAAGAUAAAUAUCGAUAAAUAUUACUGUAGUGCCAGCACCACAGUCUCGGAAAACAAAGCGGCUUUCCCUCGAACAGAGAAGUUGGCAUAGAAUCAACCAAAAUGUCUCCUUGAGAUGAAGAAUUAAGAGUGAGGACAGUAUCUCAAUACUUGAGUCAUUCAUCCAUUUUCAAUACCACUUCAUUUGGGGCCAGAGGCAGGGGACCCUGAGGCUGACAUGCAAACCACUGGGCCUUACCGGAGUCAUGUAGUGUAACUUGAAUGUGAAUAGAAGGUUAUGUGCACGUGGAUUGGAAAGAGAAGCAGAAGUGUUUUAUUUAGGGUUUGAGGAAAUGGGAAUGGAGUGGUUUUAAGGGCUUCGUAGUGUUGGUCUGUAUUGACUGUAAUGACAUUUAGAAGAAACAUGGUUCACUAGAGUUAGUGCUCACCUCCAAAAUUCCAUAAUUCAUACGUUUGACAUCUCCAACAGCCUUUUUGCAGCCUCCAUUUCCUAGCAUGCACCCUGCAGAUGGGCAGGACUUGGAAAGCAAGGUCUGAACCAGUUUUUAUUGCCUGUGUUGAUGUUUUGUUUUUUUUUUUUUAAAAAAAGGUAAGCGCCUUAAAGAAGAAACCAGCUGUGUUGCUCUCAAGCCUUCACCCGUGCUCUUUUUAUUAUUUGCACUUUUCCUUUUCAGCCCAAGAACAAUUGUCAUGUAUAGUUUAAAAAAAAAAAAAACACUGGAGCUGUGUCUCAAAUGGAAUACUUCCAUCAGUACACUUAUCACUUGAGUGUCCCAAAUCCAUGACUGUUGGUGCGCACCUCCGAAAAAUGGCCAUCUCAGUAUUCACCAGCUUCUUCUUCUCCUUCUCUCCUCCUUUUAUGGUGAAUUGCAACCACUCCAGUUAGGGUGGUAAGCGUCCGUCAGUGGAAGUACGCACGUCCGCCAUUUGAGACGCAGCCCCAGUGCAUUGUUUCCUAAAACAGUAAAGAAAUGUUCCUUUUAAUUUUCUGCCUCCAACACAAACCGUCCAGGUUACUGAGUUCCACUGAGUUACCUUGUAUUUAAACUUUAUUUUCACUAUAUAGACGGAUGAGAACGACUUAACCAUAACAAUGUCAACUAACGUGUAGACCAGGGCCAACACUUUUUUCUAAUAUUAGAGAAAUGGAAUACUCUGGUUUUUAUGUGUGUUUUUAUAUUUUUUAUUUAUCCCAAUUUGUAACACAGAUAUUUAAUAUUGCUGUGUUUUGAAGGCUGUGUCUCAAAUGGAAUAUUGCUGUCAGUACACUUCAAGUAUACUGUGUACACUGUGUACUUUGUUGCUUGGUGCUCCAAAAUUAACAGUGAGGCUCUGUCCCAAAUCCAGUGAUGUGCGGUCAAGUUCGGGCUCAUGAUGUUUUGGUUUUUUUUUGUUAAUACAAUUUGCUCAUUAAGAGGACAACAAGACCCAUUUAUUAUAAUUUAUUUUAUCUACUGAAAAAACAUUUGGUCUUCCAGUUUUAGGUACCCUCAUCCCUUUGUUAUAUCAAGGUUCAAACAUCUCUCCCUCUAUGGCAUUUUUACAAAAAAAAAAUCAUUAAUUCAUAAAUGAUUGCUAUUUCGUAGUUAUCUACCACCUAUUAUUCUUCGAAACAAAUGCGUAGUAAGCAAUUGUUCAGUAUUCUCGGCCUAAAUUAAGCAUUUUCUAGCAUUAUAAUGCUUGAAGAUACAAAUCCAAGAUGUUGAUAAACUGUACUACACUGGCCACUAGGUGUCACUAGUAAUACGCACCAGACUUUAUCGCCAAACCUUUGAUGGCAUUACCUGUCGCACACAAAAGCUUCAGUCUUAUUUAGGUCCUAAAUGGCUCAUCUUCCAUGAUUAUGUCUAAUAUAUUGGUUAGGAAAAGUAGCGAUACUUUUGUUGUAAAAGCCUGAUCACCUGCUGGUGAGCUUAGAUAUGAAAUCCUCCAUCUUGGCAGUCAAAUUCAUUAAGUCAUUCAGCACAGUAUAAAAAUACCUUUAAUGCAUUUGAUUUGCUGCUGUUGCUGUCUAGAAAAAUGGAAGGAUGGCAGUGAUGAGCACCAUCUAGCUCAUGUACACUCCCUUCAGGAAGUGGAGAGUACUGCAUGCAACUCCCAUGUUACAGGACUUGCACACUAGAACUAUUUCUGUCCUGUAUCUAAAUGUGCCAAUUAAGUGAUAUUUACUUAAAAUGUUAAACUAUUGGACUUGUAUAGAAAUAAUAUAUAUUUUUUAAAUAAUGCUUCCCCUGACCGCAAAUUAUUGUCCUCGUACAUAUUUAUCUUUUUUUGUUUGCUAUUUUCUAGCGCUACAGGUUGAUCCUGAGCCAACUUCAUUUCAAGUUAGUACCUCCCUUUUUGUUACAUCGCCAAGAUGGCGACUAUUGGGUGUGGAAAGUGUCCAUCAUUACACAUUUUGACCACCGCAUUUCAACCCACUUCUCAGUAUGACGACACUUAUGCACUCAAAAGACCAAGUGUAAGUACACAAGUGCACCAAUUGAGACACAGCCGUGGCAGUUUUCAAGAUUUGUGUGUUUUUGUCACAUGGUUAGAGCUUAUUAUGGCACAAUUUUCUGUAAACAACUCCGGGCUGAUUAAUGACUUGUUUCUUUUUAACAAUAAAGCAGAGGAAAAUAAAUAUUUGAUCUGUGUGGAGAUGCUUUAU